UGUUCCCACUUUCCAAUUUCCAUUUUGUGAAUUGGACGAGCACGAGCCAAAUAAGUCCUGCUGAUAAUGGACCCUAAUUUCGCCGGAAAACCCUUUUCUGCACCCUACAUAGCCGCCCGGGCCGACCUUGAUCAGAUGCCCGACACCCCAACACGCGGGACCCGACACCGUCGGGUCCAGUCCGAGACCUUCUUCCGCUUUCCGGACUUCGAUGACGACAUGCUCAUCGACGGCGUAGUUUCCGACUUCAACUUCGACAACCCCGCCGCUCCUCCCCUCCCCCAGUCUCCUGACACCUCUGUGCAGCCAGCCAACUCGGCCGACUCUUCCUCAACCGGGCCGGGUUUCAACCCCAAAUCACAUGCCCACUUCCGGAGUCUCUCUGUUGACUCUGAUUUCUUCGAUGGACUCGAAUUCGGUGCUACGUCAGCUGCUGACGCCGCGACUCCGACCUUGACGGAGAAGAAGGCGCUGGGCUCUGGCCCACGCCAUAGACAUAGCAAUUCUAUGGAUGGUUCUUUCCCAACAACAGUUGAGAUCGACUCUAUCUCUGCCAGAAAGGCGACGGGAGCUGAUAGACUUGCCGAGCUCGCCUUGAUUGACCCCAAGAGAGCUAAAAGGAUUCUUGCAAAUAGACAAUCUGCAGCUCGCUCUAAGGAGCGCAAAGUUCGUUACACCAGUGAGCUGGAGAAGAAAGUCCAGACCCUACAGACUGAAGCAACUACUCUUUCUGCACAAAUUACACUGCUUCAGAGAGACACUUCUGGACUGACUGCUGAGAACAAAGAACUCAAAUUGCGUUUACAAGCUUUGGAACAGCAAGCUCAUCUAAGAGAUGCUCUGAAUGAAACUCUGAGGGAUGAAUUGCAACGGCUUAAGCUUGAAGCUGGGGAAAUUCAAGCCACUGGAGGAAACAACUUCAAUCGAGGGCCACAACCUCGACUCCCUCCACAACCACAAACCUUUGUUCACCAUGGCAAUCAUCAUCACCAACAAAUACAGCAGCAGCAGCAGCAGCAACUUCAGAGGCCUGAUUCCACUGCAAGUAGGCCAAGUCUCAGUGGGCAGGCCAUGCCUAGCUUCCAAAAUUUCAGUCAGAGAGCUGGAUAAGCACAUAUCAAAGACCAGGCGACAAGUAAUUUACUUAGGAUAGGCAUUGUAUAUGUUUGUUGUGAAGGGCUUGGAAGAGUCCUGUUCUAAUCAAUCCUCUCUGUUACCUAUACCAGUUGUAUUAUUGAUGUUAAGAAUAGAGAUUGUAAAAACAACAGAUGUAAUUAACAGCCAUUAUGAUGCAUUUUUUACUGUAGACUUUGGUUUUAGUUGGUGCAA